ACCAGCACACACAUCUUUCCUCUUUUCCUCCUUUCCCUCCACGGCUAACCAGCCCCAGUGGGAUAGCCAUGCCUUACCUGCACCCAGCUCCAGGGCCCCGGGCACACCCUGUCCCCCAGGAUGCCCGGACUACCCACUCCUCAGGCCAGAGCUUCGAGCAGCUGAGGCAGGACUGUCUGCGGGCUGGCACCCUGUUUGAGGACACAGACUUCCCUGCCUGCAAUGCCUCCCUGUUCUUCAGCGAGAGGCCCCAGGUUCCUUUCGUGUGGAAACGGCCAGGGGAGAUUGUGGAACACCCAGAAUUCAUCCAGGGGGGCGCCACCAGGACCGACAUCUGCCAGGGGGAGCUGGGGGACUGCUGGCUGCUGGCCGCCAUCGCCUCCCUCACACUCAAUGAGAAGGCGCUGGCCAGAGUGGUCCCCCAGGACCAGAGCUUCGGGCCUGGCUACGCUGGAAUAUUCCACUUCCAGUUCUGGCAGCACAGUGAGUGGCUGGACGUGGUGAUCGAUGACCGCCUGCCCACCUUCAGGGACCGCCUGGUCUUCCUGCACUCAGCCGACCACUGUGAGUUCUGGAGCGCCUUGCUGGAGAAAGCCUAUGCCAAGCUGAAUGGGAGCUAUGAGGCGCUAAAGGGAGGCAGCACCAUCGAGGCCAUGGAGGACUUCACUGGUGGUGUGGCCGAGACUUUCCACACCAGAGAGGCACCGAAGGACUUCUACCAGAUCCUGGAGAAGGCCCUGGGGCGUGGCUCCCUGCUGGGCUGCUCCAUAGAUACCAGAAAUUCUGCAGAGUCUGAAGCCCGGACACCUUUCGGUCUUAUUAAGGGCCAUGCCUACACUGUGACGGGGACUGACCAGGUAAAUUACCGAGGCCAGAAAAUCGAGCUCAUCAGAGUUCGGAACCCUUGGGGCCAGGUGGAGUGGAAUGGGUCAUGGAGCGACAGCGCUCCUGAAUGGCGCUCCGUGGACCUCACUGAACAGAAGCGCCUGUGUCACUGUGCCCUUGAUGACGGGGAGUUCUGGAUGGCGUUUAAGGAUUUCAAGGCCCACUUUGACAAGGUGGAGAUUUGCAACCUCACACCCGAUGCCCUGGAGGAGGACACUCUCCACAGAUGGGAGGUGACAGUCCACCAAGGAAGCUGGGUUCGGGGCUCCACGGCUGGGGGCUGCCGCAACUUCCUGGAUACCUUUUGGACCAAUCCACAGAUAAAGCUGUCUCUGACAGAGCAGGACGAGGGCCAGGACGGAUGCACUUUCCUGGUAGCCCUGAUGCAGAAAGAUCGGAGGAAACUCAAGAGGUUUGGUGCUGACAUGCUGACCAUAGGCUACGCCAUUUACCAGAGCCCUGAGGAGCACGGACACCUGAGCAGAGACUUCUUCAGGUACCACGCUUCCCUGGCCAGAAGCAAGACCUUCAUCAACCUGAGGGAAGUCUCUGACCGCUUCCGGCUGCCCCCGGGGGAGUACAUCCUGAUCCCCAGCACCUUUGAGCCCCAUCAGGAGGCUGACUUCUGCCUGAGGAUCUUUUCAGAAAAGAAGGCCAUCACCAGAGACCUGGAUGGAGACGUAGACAUCCACCUUUCGGAGCCCCUGCAGCCGACUCUUCCUGAGCAGGAGACAGAGGAGGAGCAGCAGUUCCGGGCCCUGUUCCAGCACAUCGCUGGUGAGGAUAUGGAGGUGACAGCAGAGGAGCUGGAAUAUGUUUUGAAUGCUGUGCUGCAAAAGAAAAAGGACUUCAAGUUCAAGAAACUAAGCCUGAUCUCCUGCAAGAACAUCAUUUCUCUGAUGGACACCAGAGGCAAUGGGAAGCUGAACUUCAGUGAAUUCCUGGUAUUCUGGAACAAGCUGAAGCAGUGGACUAACCUGUUCCUCCAGUUUGAUGUGGACAAGUCUGGCACCAUAUCCUCCUAUGAGCUACGGACUGCACUGAAAGCUGCAGGCUUCCAGCUGAGCAACCACCUUCUGCAGCUGGUUGUGCUCAGGUACGCAGAUGAGGAGCUCCAGAUGGACUUCGAUGACUUCCUCAACUGCCUGGUGCGGCUAGAGAAUGCGACCCGGGUGUUCCAGGCCCUCAGUAUGAAGAGCAAGGACUUCAUCCACCUCAACAUAAAUGAGUUCAUCAACUUGACAAUGAAUAUUUGAGUGACCUGGCAGGGAUGCCCAUCUGUGUCUUGACUUUCCACGAACCUCAGAGCUUCUCUGGUGGAGAGCGAUGUGCCCGGCUCCUCCACAAGCACCUCCCUGCUUCCUCCAGCCCUCCUCCCGCUCCAUCCCCAUCUGAAGAAGGAAACAGACUCAGCCUCAUUUUCUGACUCAUCUUUAUGAAAGCACUGUCUGAAGAGAGUGGACCAGACAUGGUCAGCAUUUCCUCCCUCCACUUGCCCCUCUGCUCCCCUUCAUAAUUAUGCAAUGUUCUGGUGCCCAGAAUCCUGCCUUCCACGUGGCAUUCGCCAUAGUGCUCAGACAUCCUUGAUAAUACAGUGUUCUUGCAAAUGCGAGGGUGAGAUGAGAGGGGAGGGUGUGAGGUCAUAACGGAGUGCCUCUGCAUCACAUGUGUGUUUCAUUAUUGAGGAGGAGUCAAGCAAUCUCAGCACCCUCACAGGAGAGGAGCAACACGGAAAGCUUUGCAUCCUUUGCUGGGAUGGAUUCUCAGUCUAGAUAUUCUCCUUGCCCAAAGCCUUUGGUUCAGAAAAGCCAAGUGUUAUGCUAUUUCUUCUCAGGGAGACCAGCAUCUGGUCAAACUUGAUUUUAUUUUGUUUUGUU